AUGUGGUGCUUCUGGUGCUUCCUGGUGCUGUGGACUGCGCCUGUUGCGGCGGAGCCCUGCCAGGAGCGUUUGGGUGACGAGCCGAUUUUGCAAUUUACUGCGGAGGCGUGUAGCUGUUGUCACGACUUGGAUGACUUUAUCCAGGACAACGACUAUGUCUACGUGCUCUUCUACUCGCCCAAGGGCCGGCUGAACAUCGACAUCUCCGCGAAGUUCGAACAGCUGGCGCGUGAGUGGAAGUGGUCCCGGAUCCACUUUGGACGCAUCGACGUCGACAAGGAUCGAGACAUGUCGAAGAGGUGGGUCGACUCCAACAUGGUGCCUACGAAUGUGAUGUACAAGUUCGGGCGGCCUGUGGAGGUGAAGCCUAAGGACUUUGAGGUGAUCCGAGACAAGUAUCAAGGAAACCCGGAUGGGCAGAAGUGGAUGCUCACAAAGUACAUGGGUGAAGAUGCUGAAGGAUCCAAUUUGCACUACGCCACACUCUUACCCAGCGUCAAGAAGUACAAGAAGUUUUUGAAGAACAACCAGGUUGCCAUCAUCGGUUACUUCAAAAAGGAGGGAGACCGAGAGCAUAAAGUGUACCUGGAAGCCAUUUGGAAGCUUUUUCAAGGGGACGACGUCGACAAGGAUGACAUAGGCGCUGGGGUGGGCUAUGUGAUCGCCCCCAACAUCCUGAAGCAGGUCUCAGUCACGGCGCCUAGCCUGGUGCUUUAUUUGGAUGGCAAGGCGAUCUCCCUGGAGGGUCGGAAGCAGCUUGAGCGCUGGAGCGUCCCGGAGGUCAUGCGCUUCGUCCAGCAGUUCAAUGUUCUCAGCUCCGAGACGGACAAAGCUUUGGGCGAGCUGUGA